UGACAGGCGUCAGUUGACAAAAAAAGGAAGCGUCAAGUCAAAUAGUCCUCCAUAGUUCAGCUUUUGAUUUGGCUUUGGCUUCCUUUUUGCGAGGAAUUUGAUUUUUUUGAGUUUUUCACCUUCUCCGAAAUGGCUGAGUAUUUAGCCUCGAUUUUCGGUACCGAAAAGGACAAGGUAAACUGCUCAUUUUAUUUCAAAAUCGGAGCCUGUCGGCAUGGGGAUCGGUGUUCCAGGAUCCAUAAUAAACCAACAUUUUCUCAAACUUGUUUGCUUCAAAAUUUGUACGUAAAUCCCCAAAAUUCCGCCAAAUCUGCUGAUGGAAGCCACUUGGUCGCCAAUGUAUCUGAUGAAGAAAUGCAAGAGCAUUAUGAUAACUUUUUUGAAGAUGUCUUUGUGGAAUGUGAAGAUAAGUAUGGAGAAAUUGAAGAGAUGAAUGUCUGUGACAACCUUGGAGACCAUCUUGUGGGAAAUGUGUAUAUCAAGUUCCGAAGGGAAGAGGAUGCUGAAAGAGCAGUGAAUGACCUAAACAACAGAUGGUUUGGUGGUCGUCCAGUUUAUGCUGAAUUAAGUCCUGUAACUGACUUUAGAGAAGCUUGCUGUCGUCAAUAUGAAAUGGGUGAAUGUACCAGAUCUGGAUUUUGUAAUUUCAUGCACUUGAAGCCAAUUUCUAGGGAAUUGAGAAGAUACUUAUACUCUCGUAGAAAAGGAGGACGUCCCGGAGGUCCACCAAGGCCCCGUUCUCGAUCCAGGUCUCCUAGGAGACGCUCUAAGUCAAGAGGCAGGGGCAGCAGCCGAUCCCCAAGCCGCAGGCCCAGGAGUGGCCGCUAUUAAGAACCGAAAUUUUAUUUUGUCGAUUUUGUACCGUUUUCUAGAUCCACUUGUAAUGUUGACAUUUUUUUUUAGAUAGCGUCAUAAGUUAAUAUUAUCUAACCAUAUAAUUAAGGGUCUUAAGAAUUCGUUUAUUCUUUUAGUAAACCUAUAUUUAAAAAAAUCGAUUUUGAGACCAACAGAAAAAGUUUGUUCACUUAAAAUUAAGUUCAUUUAUUAUUAUUAUUUUAAUUAGAAGGACUUCUACAGGACUACCACCAAUGUAGUAAAGCAAGGCUAUAUAAAACAGUAAAUUAAUACAAAGUCAACUGUA